AUGUCGGACAGCGACCCUGCGUCCAACUCGGACACUGCUCUGUCCAGUCUGUCGCCGCUGUCCGCCGACAGCUCGGACUCUGGACGCGCCUCCGCCAGCCCGGGACCCGCCUCGGUCAGCCCGGCAGCCACCGUCAGGUCUCCCGCCGAGGAGACCAGCGGCGCGGCGCCGGGCGGAGCCAUAGACCAGCCGGCGGCGGGGACUGGCGAUAUGGCACCAACAGCAGCUGAGGGUGAAGGUGGAGCAGCUCAGGGUGGUGAGGUGACUGGAGAGGAUCCCCAGGCCGCUGCCGAGCUGACUGCAGAGGCAGCUGGUGAACCGACUGCUGACCCAACCUCAGCGCCGACCCCCGGGCCGUCAGAGGCAGCUGACCCCACCGAACACACCACGGUCGGUUCCCACUCGUCCGACUCGCUGACACCGGAGGAGGCGGCCAGCGACGACAGCUGGGACGCGCCGCUGACCGAGGCCGACCUCGACGGCGACACGCUGAGCACCGUCCGGCGCGACAGCGAGGUGCAUGAGCUGCUCGAGCCGCUCGACUCGGACAUCGUGGACCCGGCCGACGGACUCAAGGUGCUCGACGACCUCUUCACUAGCGGCAAAAUCAACGAGGUGCAGUACAAGGACCUGCAGCGCAAACACAAAUACCUACAGUCCAUGUUCUGGUCGUGCAUUCAGAACCGCGCUGGCCUGAGGGAGGACAUUCUGGAGACAAACGCGUUCCUCAAGGAGCUGAAGGCAAGGGCGAGAGAGGAGGCUGGCAAUGAGCAGCGCGAUAACGCCGACGACAUCUCUGACAUCCAAACUAUGGCCGACCUCGAGGGGAAGAACGUCGACGAACUGAAACGGUAUCUGGCCUCUUUCACGCAGCAGCGUAAGACGCUGGAGAACUCUAUCUACCAGAUCCAGUUCAAAACACGUCACAUGGAGGAAGAACGACAAAACCUCCAGGAGAGAGUCGACUCCACGAAUCUGUCCAGUUCAAAGAUCUACCUAAACAGCCCGGCCAUGUUGGAAAAGGACAUCCGAGAGCUAGGAGUGGAGAUACGCGUUCGCAAACAGGAAGUGCGCAACCUCUUGGAGGACAUCAACACGCGCGAGCGGACGAUCCCACAGCGGGAGACCAAGAUCGCCAAGCUGGAGGAGAAGCUGCAGGCGCUGCAGGAGGAGAAGGAGGAGCUGCUGCCCAAGAUGGUGCUCGUGAGUCGCGACGCCGAUCGCGAGGAGAAACACACGGCCAAACUGCGCAAACAGAGUGACUCACUCAGCCAGACCGUGUCCACCAUCAUCGGCCAGCUGAAGGAAACAACCGACGCCGCACAAAAGGUGGACAACGAGCGCAACGAGCUCAUCAAGGUGAUGGACCGCGAGUACAAGCUGCUGGACGCCAAGAGCAAGGAGUGCACGGCGCUGACACGCGACACGGAGCGGUGCCGGGAGCGGGCGGCCCUUCUGAUGGAGGAGAAGAACCGCACCGACAGCCGGCUGGCCAUGCUCGCUUCAGAGAUGCGUCAGCAGAACAACGCGCUCCGCGACGCGCACAAAGCCGUGGAGCGGGUGGAGCGAGACCUGCGCAGCGCGGAGGAGUCGCUACGCGUGCAGCGCUCUCAGAUGGGCGUCGAGCGCAGCGAGGUGGAGAAACUGCAGCGCGAGAUGCAGCUGCAGACGCGCGCCACCGCCGAGAUACCCGCCCAGAGGUACGCCCUGCAGCGCGACGUGGACGCAGCGCACCGCGAGACGAACGUCCUCAACUCGCUGACACUCAACGAGCAGCAGAGCAUCGACAAACUGGCCAAGGAGCGAGGCACGCUACUGCGCACUCAGGAGACGCUCACCAAGACACUGGAGGCGCUCGGCCGCGAAUAUAACAACCUGAUCCGCCAGCGUGACACGAACGCGCGCGUCUUCAGAAAGCUGAGCGGCGAGGUGGAACGAAACGAAGACGAGAUGCGCAACCGGUUCACGGUGGUGGCCAAGUUCCGCAAAAAGUGCGAGGAGACGGAGAAACAGACCAAACAGCUGGCGGAGCGCUACGAGCUGGCCAAGAAGGAGCGAGAUGAGAUGUCGGCACAGCUGAAUAUCUCGUUGACCAACUGCGACGAGUUGAUGAAGAAGACUGAGAUCCUGCGGUCGCAGCAGGACACGAUGCUGAGCAGGAAAUUGGAGCUGGAGCGACAACAUGACGUGACGCGCCAGACCACCAUCAAGACGAUCCUGGACAAGACGAUGAUCCAGAGCACGAUGAACCAGGAGAAGGACGCGAUGAAGGAGCUGGAGGCGCACGCCGACCAGCUGGACAUGAUGAUCGGCUGCUGUCAGAUGUCGCUCAACGCCAUCAAGGAGAGCAUCAUGUCCGACCUGGAGGAGUACAAGCGCCAGGUGGUGGACCGCAACGAGCGAGGUCUGCUGCUCGUCGAGCGCGACGAGGAGGUGUGCGCCUUCCAGGAGAAGAUCGCGCUCCAGCAGCUGUUCGUGGAGCGCGGUUACGCGCGGCUCGACACGGCCGAAAAAGACAUGGUCGAGCUGAACAAGAUCAUCCGCACCGAGCGGCACCACAUCCAGUGUCUGGGUGCGCAGGAGCGCGAGAUGCAGGCGAUGAGUGCCCAGCUAGCCGACACGCGCUGUCAGCUGCGCCAGCUCAACUCGCGGACCGUGACGGCCACGGCGCACCUGGAGACGCCGUUGUACGGCGCCGAGCUGCGCCUGCUCGAGCGCCAGAUGAUCGCCGCGCAGGUGGGCCGGCUCGCCGACCGCGCCCGCCACGAGAUCGACACCAACCGCGCCGACUGCGAGCGGAUGGUGAAGCGGGCCAGCGCCGGCCGGCGCGCCGUCAAGGCCAACAGCCGCCGGCUGAUGGCCAGCGCCGCCGAGGCCAGCGUCGCCAAGACGGAGGCGCGCCGGCUGUGCGAGGAGCGCGCCCGACUGGAGGCGCAGCUGGAGGAAGCGCGCCGCAGGGUGGCCGCCGGCCUGCCGCCCGAGCAGGCGCUCGGAGGGAGGCAGGCGCCGGGCUACCUGCCCGAGGCAGAGAGCAGUCUGCCGCUGCCGCGACCGUACGGAGCCUUCAGCCCGUUCAAGCCACAGGCCAAGGGCAGCAGCUUCAUGAGAAUGCAGAAGAUGGCCGGCCGCGGACAGAAACAGUAG